GCAGAGUUGCGAGCAGCUGUUUUUUUGGCAUUAGAAGAACAAGAGAAAGUAGAGAACAAAACACCUCUGGUAAAUGAAAGCUUGAAAAGUUUUUUAGGUACAAAAGAUGGUCGCUUGGUAGCAGGUCUUGUUGCAGAAUUUCUACGUUUUUUCAAUCUUGAUUUUACUUUGGCUGUUUUUCAGCCUGAAUCAAGCACACUAAAUGGCCUUGACGGUCGAGAAAACUUAGCUCGAGAUUUGGGAAUUGAAGAAGCAGAAGGUACUGUGGGUGGUCCUCUGUUGUUGGAGGUUGUUAGAAAAUGCCAGCAGAAAAAGAUUUCAGGCAAUGGAGAAGUAGCUCCAGUUCUAAGUGAUAGCCUGUGCCCCACCUCAAAAUCAUCUGAUGGAAGAUCGAGUACACACUCUAUACCAAAUAAGGCUGCUGAAACCAGUCAAAGUGAUACGAGUGUCUCAUCAGGGGAAGCAAGCAAAAGAAGCAUUCAUUUUAUGCCUAAUGAAACAAAACUAGAUCCUCAACUAGAAAACAAAGACUUAAAUACCAAAGAAAAAAGUGAUCCAGGUGUGGAUGAAGAUGAUGUAGAGGGAGAUUCUUUUUUUGAUGAUCCUAUACCCAAACCAGAAAGAACUUAUGGCUGGAAAACUGAAGCUAAUAAAGCAGGAGGUCUAGCAUCUCUUUCUGAUGCACCGCCUCUAAAAAGUGGGUUAAGCUCCCUGACCGGUGCACCUUCGCUAAAGGAAGCUGAUAAUUUGAAUAGAAACUCUGUUUUGAAGGACCUGCGGUUGGUGAAUGCAAAACUGGGAUCACUAGAAUUAGGAAAUGGAGAUGACGAUGAGUACGCUGAUGACUUCAACAGUACUAGUCAUCGCUCUGAAAAAAGUGAUAUCAGUAUUGGUGAAGAAAUAGAUGAAAUUUCUGUGGAAACAGAGGAGUCGAUUGCCAGUGAUAAACUGGAAGGCAUCACGCAAGACCUUACCAUUUCUCAGUUAAGUGAUGUUGCAGACUAUCUAGAAGACGUGGCAUAGAAUUGGACAGCAAAAAUGUUUCGUUGUGCUGGACUAGAAGACUGCUGUGGACUGUUAAUUUCAGACAAUCACUUCUUGCUGGAAUGUCCACUCCCUAUUUGUGCCUUGUGUAUCAAAAAGACUGUAGAUGGAGAAGGCUUUUGAAUAUUCUUAACAAGAACUAAAUGGAAUAGUGCGUUCCCAUUUGAGUCUGAUAUCAGAAUUAUUUUCUUCAUUUGGUUCAGCCAAACCUUGUACAGCAGGAGGUGGAUUUCCCAAGUAGAAUGUCCAUUGCAGGCAGUGGGCACGAUAAAAAACACUCAAUAAGAGAACAUCUACAGAGAGGUAUGUGGCUUUAUAAUGAACUUGCACUGUUAUUGUAACAGUCUGAAUUUUUUUUUUUUUAAAGAUAACCAAAGCAAGAACCUUCAGAGGUAGUGGUUUAACUCAGCUUCUUU